AUGGAACAGCCUAUUGAUAAAAAUUCGUUUACGGGGCAGGGGGGAGAUACCCCAGCCGCGGCAGCGUCAGGUGGGUUAGCAGCACCUGCGCGGUCGACUACAUCAAGCGACUGCUCGACGCCCUUGGUGGACCACUUGGCCAAGGGAGCAGCUAACGUCGACACUUCAAGUGAAGGCCAGGUUACUACUCCUGGGACUUUGGCGACGGAGAGUCUCGCAAUGCGAGAUGCGGCGAUUUCAAGGGAGGAUUCUGGCCUCCAGGAAUUGCAAUAUGUCCUAAAGGAGACCCUCAGGACGAUUGUAAAGAAACGAACAGUGGCGAAUGAGGUGACUGCGGGAGUCAAAGAAGCGUCGCUUAUAUUGACGCAGCUUUUGACACACCGCAAAACUUGGAAGGAUGCACAAAGAAGGCUCGCUCUUAAUGAAAGGAAGGAUCGCGAGAACCUGAUGAAUGAAAUUCAGCUGCUGGAAAAAAUUAUCAAGGAGACAACCCGACCGACUACUCCUCAGAAGAAGGAAACUUCUCAAGAGCAGAAAGAAGUCGAAAGUCCCCCAAAGGGACCGGAAGAAUCUGUUUCUCGUGAAGCAAAGAUUCUGAUUGCAAAGGUUGUUGCGGGAGAUAAAACCCCUCACGGCAAUAAGGCUCUGAUAGGAAAGCGCCCGUUGUCAUCACCUGAAGAGGGGGAGAGGGUGCCGAAGAAGACAAAGGAAAACGGAGACCAAAAACCCAAUGAGGACCCAUUCACUCUAGUCGAAGGGAAGCGGAAGAGGAAGAAACGGAAGAAGAAGAAGGCUGCCGAAACAGCUAGCAGUGGAGCAAAGAGACCGGGACAAGAAGGGACAUCUGAUGGACCAACGACGGAACGGACCACAGCAUCCAAGGAGGCCAAGCAGCGGAAGAGGCGACAACGGGUGGAGGCCGUUUUGAUCACACCAGGUGAGUCAGGAUCGUCUGGAGAAGUUUUGAGAGCACUGCGAUCGAAGCUCUCUCCGGAGGAUCUUACUACUAUUGUAAGAUCGAUAAGGACAGCCAGGAAAGGCGGUCUUCUUAUUGAGUUCGAGGGAUCUGUUAAAGAUCGCUCUGCUCUCGAUAAGAAGAUCACCGAGGUGGCUGGUGGAGUUGUUGCGGUGCGCCAUCUCGUCCCAACCACUACAGUGGUUAUCGACGGGCUGGACGCUGCAACAACAGUUGACGAGGUAAGGGCAACCUUACGUCAGAGCAUCAAUGAAGGUGCAGACGAGCUCAAAGUUAAUAUAACUAAACCCAAUAAAUGGGGAGCUGACCGUGCCUUCAUUGAGGCAAGAUGCGCGGUCGCCACUACUUUAGAGGCCUUGGGAAAGGUCAAAGUGGGCUGGUUGGUCUGCCGUAUCCGCCGCUGGGAACGGCUCGAUCGAUGCUUUCGCUGCCAUGAUCUUGGUCAUUCGAGCAAAUCAUGUAAGGCGGAGGUUGAUCGGUCGAGUCUUUGCUGGCGUUGCGGCAAGGCGGACCACCAGGCCAAGGCCUGUCCCAAUUCACCACGCUGCCACUUCUGUGCGGCAGUAGGAGACGGGCGAUCUGUCGAUCACGCAAUCGGUUUAAGGCGUUGCACUUCUCAUAAAAAUAGGUAA